GCCAACUGUUGAUGAUCGGACGCGAUCAUUCGCCUUGUUAUCCUUUCAUUCUCCACGAGGCUUCCUUUCUGCUCUAUCCAAGACUUUUCUCCAUCAUUUUGUGCCAGUACGGUGAAGGCCUAGGUUACCUUGAUACAAAGGUGGAUAGAGCCGGGGUGCUUCGACUCAAUCCCCUUGUUCGUCACACAAUGGCUUCGUGGCUCCUCCGUCGGCCAUGGCGAUAUUCUAAUAUUUUCCUUCAACUCCCACCUAGCUCUUUAUACUCCAACCAGAAUCUAAAUACUGCAAUUAUUCAAAUUUGGAGAAGACACGAUGUAGCAUCCGCGUUCCAAUUAUUGAAGCCCUGGUCAACUUCAUGUCACUUGAGCACCACACCAUAUUCUGCACGCAUCCAUGAAACGCAUUCCAACUUCAACCCUGCGGCUCCAUCAUCAGGAAUAACAGCAACCUCACAAGGUAUUCCUCCGAAGUCGCUUCCGGUGUACACGCCUCCUCGGAUUGGCCUUCUCUCUUACCUCCCUAAACCAAUUGUUCCGUACGCCGAACUCAUCCGACUGGACAAGCCCACUGGAACUUAUUAUCUCUUCUUCCCAUGCCUCUUCAGCACACUCAUUGCUGCUACAAUGGCCACACCAAUAACCACACCGUCCGCUGUCGUUGGUGCCACGACCUUGUUUCUUACCGGAGCUCUGGUAAUGCGAGGAGCUGGCUGCACCAUAAACGACCUCUGGGACCGCAAUCUUGAUCCACAUGUUGCGCGCACUCGGCUAAGACCUAUCGCGAGAAAGGCUAUAAGCGCAAAAGCAGCAAUUUUGUUCACCAGUGGCCAGCUUCUUAUCGGACUAGCUGUACUUUUAUCACUGCCUUUCGAGUGCUUCUGGUAUGCAACUCCAUCGCUUCUAUUUGUUGCCACUUAUCCUCUGGCCAAACGCUACACCAACUAUCCUCAGUUUGUGUUAGGCCUUACGUUCUCUUGGGGCGCAAUGUUGGGAUUUCCUGCAUUGGGAGUGGAUCUUCUUACAAAUCAACCCGCUCUCACUUCGGCAGCCCUCUUGUACUCGAGCAACGUUGCUUGGACAGUGCUGUACGACAUGAUUUACGCACACAUGGAUAUUGAAGAUGACGCAAAGGUCGGGAUCAAGAGCAUCGCGCUUAAGCAUGACAAAGAAACCAAGGCGGUCUUGACGGGGCUUGCUGUAAUCCAAGUAGCACUCUUGGCCUCUACUGGCGUCGUUGCAGGAAUGGGCCCAAUCUUCUUCGCUGGGUCUUGUGGAAGUGCGGUGGCAACAUUAGGAACUAUGAUCUGGAGGGUAAAUUUAAAGGAUGUAAAAGACUGCUGGUGGUGGUUCAAAAAUGGUUGUUGGUUAACAGGAGGCGGCAUCGCUCUUGGGCUCGUCGGAGAAUACUUCGCUCAAGCCCACGGUUUAUACAAGGGGGAGGAAAACUCAGGCCGGGAUUAGAAAUAGGUCGCUACUUCUCCUAGACUACCUGUUGGUAUUAUAAACCUGGAGUUGCGGACUAGUCUAGCUUAAUAUGCAGGGCAGAAAAGAGCUGC